CUACAGGGUUGGCUUGGCGACGCAAUUUGUCCAUUUUGAAAUUCCAGCGGUAAAACGGUCUUGUUUUGGUGAAAAUUCUUUACAUAAAUCAGAUAAAUAAGCGAGAUGCAGGGAUUGUUUAGUGAUCCGGCUCUGGAACGCCACUUUACGGGCCACUCGGGCGGCAUUACCCAGCUGCGCUUUAGUCCGGAUGGCGCCCAAAUAGCCACCUCCUCCACAGACGCCUCCGUGAUCCUGUGGAAUCUCAACCAGGCGGCCCGCUGCAUCCGCUUCUCAUCGCACUCGGCGCCGGUGAACGGUGUGGCCUGGUCGCCCAAGGGCAACCUGGUGGCCUCCGCCGGACAUGAUCGCCUGGUGAAGAUCUGGGAACCCAAGAUGCGCGGCGCCUCCGGGGAGUUUGUGGCCCACAGCAAGCCGGUCCGCAGCGUUGAUUUCGAUUCCACUGGCCAACUGAUGCUCACCGCCUCGGAUGACAAGUCGGUGAAGCUGUGGCGCGUGGCCAGGCGACAGUUUGUGACCUCCUUUGCCCAGCAGACCAACUGGGUGCGCAGCGCCAAGUUCAGUCCCAAUGGCGAAUUGGUGGCCACCGCCUGUGAUGACAAAUCGGUGAGGGUCUACGAUGUGGACAGUGGCGAGUGCGUGCGCACUUUCCCCGAGGAACGGUCGGCUCCCAGGCAACUGGCCUGGCACCCUUGGGGCAACAUGCUGGCCGUCGCCCUAGGCUGCAACCGGAUUAAAAUCUUCGACGUGGCCGGCAGCCAGCUACUGCAGCUAUAUGUGGUGCACUCGGCGCCGGUGAAUGACGUUGCCUUCCAUCCCAGCGGACACUUCCUGCUCUCCGGAAGCGAUGACCGCACCAUUCGCAUCCUGGACCUUCUGGAGGGCAGACCCAUUUACACCCUAACCGGCCACACGGACGCGGUGAAUGCGGUGGCUUUCAGCAAGGAUGGGGAUAAGUUUGCUACCGGCGGCACCGAUCGUCAGCUACUGGUUUGGCAGUCCAACCUACACACAUACGACGCCUCACAGUUCGAUACCAAGUCCGCCUUGGCCUCAUCGGGCUGUGACACCAGUGCCGCCUCCUCGAAACAAAGUUUGGCCAGUGGCACAUCCAAGUCCAAUGACCUUAGCAUUCGCAUUGAUCCGCGCCAAUCGCUGGCUUAUCAACAGUCGGAGGAGAACUUCCAGGUGCUUGACAGCAAACACGCUAAUCAGGAGAAGCUCCAUACCAUGGACUCGAAGACCAACAGCCCUAGCCGGCCGUUCUUCUAACUACAAAGUUCCAUAGCCUUUGCCGCACAUAACUAGCCGAACAUCCCCCAGGUGUUGGACGUGUCCUUCGAAUCUGCCUCAGAGUCCUGCUCCUGUUCCGCGCAGCUGGAGGAGAUGAGCAAGCUGUUGGCCUUGAUUGAUGAGCGUGUGCGACGAUUGGAGGGAAUUUACUCGUUAUAACUUUCUAAGGGACUACAUUUUUUCAUAAUAUAAUUAAUAUAACUUGUGAUUUAUGACUGAUAAA